AUCAUCAAUAUAUAUCAUGGCAUCUAGAGAAGAAGAAGACCCUAGUUUGGUCCAAGAAGAAGACGAGUACCUCAACUUGAACGAGGUGGAAGAAGAAAUCGCCGAGGACGACGGACCGGCUCCGGAAGAAGACGAUGAAGUAGAUGCUGAAGGUGAUGUAGACAUGGAUAUGGAUGAUGGUAAUACUGACACCAUCGAAAUCGACAUGUCCAACAACUCAUGGACUUAUUUCGACCAGCACAAGGAUUCCAUCUUCACUGUAUUCAGCCAUCCUCUGUUACCAAUGGUUGUUUCUGGAGGUGGUGAUAACACCGCCUUUUUGUGGACCACUCACACUCAACCUCCAAGAUUUGUAGGUGAGAUCCAAGGCCACAAGGAAUCGGUCAUCACCGGUGGAUUCACCAGUGAUGGUGCCUAUGUCAUCACCGGUGACAUGAAUGGUUACAUUCAAGUACACAAGUCCACCAAAGGUGGCCAAAAAUGGGUUAAAUUUGCUGAUUUAGAAGAAGUUGAAGAGAUUUUAUGGAUCACUGUCCACCCAUCCUUGCCAUACUUUGCCUUUGGUGCCAUUGACGGUUCCGUUUGGUGCUAUCAAAUCGACGCAGACUCAAAGCUGCUCGUUCAAUUAAUGUCUGGAUUCCUGCACUCUUUGGAAUGUAACAAUGGUAUUUUCGUUAACACCGAUAAGGGUGAAGAAGAACUUUCAUUGGUUACCAUUUCUGAAGAUGGUACCAUUGUCAAUUGGAACUGUUUCACUGGUGCAGUCAAUUACAAGUUACUGCCACAUGAAGAUUUCAGAGGAGUUGAAAGUCCAUGGGUUUCUGUUAAGGCAUUGAACAAUGUCAUUGCUGUGGGUGCUCGUGACGGGCAAUUGGCCAUCAUCAACAACGAUAACGGUAAGCUCGUCCACAUGGUGAAGACCUUGGACUCUGUAGAAGACGUUGCUGACAUGUCAAUCGAAGCAUUGAGUUGGUGUACUGCUCCACUGAUCAACUUGUUGGCAGUUGGUUUAGUUUCCGGUGACAUUCUUUUGUUUGAAACACAACAAUGGAGAGUUCGUAAGACCAUCAAGGUUGAAGACACCAUUACCAAGUUGGAAUUCUUACCAGGUUCUCCAGUUUUGGUGGGGAGUAGCAUGAAUGGAUGUAUCUAUAAAUGGGAUGCCAGAACUGGUGAAGAGCUCUUUGCUGGUGUUGGUCACAACAUGGGUGUUUUGGAUUUUGCCAUCACCGAAAACGGACAAAAGUUGGUGACUGCUGGUGAUGAAGGUGUAUCAUUGGUCUUCCACCAUGCUUAGAUAGAACAGGAUUCAUAGAAAUG